AUGACGCUGAAGAGCCCGGUUGGCGGCUCGUACACCAACGCGACGUCGGUUGGCGGCUCGCACACCAACGCGACGUCGUUUGCCGCCAAGGUUAAAGUCUUUGGGACCAAGAAGAUUUCCUUCAAGAACGGCGACGGGCCGUACCAUGUUCCCAAAGCCAGCGACGAGGAAGCGGGCUGGAACCGUCGCACGACCGACGCUGCGUACGACGGUGACGACGCUGGUAGCACGAAUGACUCGAACAACGAGUACUUUAACAACGACGGCAACGAUGGCGACAAGGGUGGCAACGGUGCCGACGUCGGGACCGACAACGACAAUGAAAGCGGCAACGGUGACUACAACCCGGGCAAUGGAGACGACAUGGAAGGCCACGACGUUGAAGGCGACAACAACGGCAGCAGCAACGAGAACGACAACGAAAAGGCGACCAAGGACUACCUUCUCAAAGACUUUCUCUUCAACGUGGCGUUCUCCAACUCCACGUCGGUGCGCAAGGACCUCAGUGUGCCAGCGCCACCGACGCGCCUCGAGUUUUCCCUCUUUGCGAAUGCGCAAGCCAAAGCGCCGCUGUGCUCGACGACGAUCCAGUGCCCGGGCAAGUCGUACCCCAAGCGUCUUCGCCAAUAG